CCGGCGGAGGGCGGGGGCCCGGCCCGGCCGCGCCUCCUCGGUGCAGCACGGUCAUGGCGGGGCUGGAGGCGCUGUACGCCUCGGCCCGGGCCGCCGUGUCCCGGCCGCAGGAUGCGCUGCUCUGCGGCCUCCACUGGGAGCUGGUCCGGCACGGCUACCGCUGCCUCGGCGCCGGGGAGCAGCCACGUCCCGAUGAAAGAAAGUCGGAGCUGCUACCCGCUGGCUGGGAAGCCAACAAGGAGGUGUACACGCUGCGCUACAAGUCCACAGAUGAUGCCCGUGAGCUGCUGCUUAAGGCCAUCAUGGUGGAGGACAGUAUGAUCGUCAAUGUCAUGGAUCGCACUUCUCAGAAGGUGGCGGACGUGACCUUGGCGGUGGCCGACUACAUCAACCCAGAGCACCUGGAUGAUUUCCACAAGGUGUACAAGAACAUGGAGGAGCUGAGGACAAAGAUUGCUUCCGGUAUCAUCGCUCCCCUCGGAGGCCCUGCAGAAAAGGACAACAAGGAGCCCGUGGCAGAGAAGGACCCUGUCUUGCCCAAGGAUUACGACCCCCUCAGGGCUCCUCCCCGGCAGCCUGCAGGCACGAGAGCACCGUCCUGGCCUCGUCCUUUGAACCCCUUUGCUGUUGGUGGGGAAGACCUGGACCCUUUCGGAGGUCGGAGCGGGGGAAUGAUCGUCGAUCCUCUCCGGUCUGGGUACCGGCAGCCGGGCAUUGACCCGUCGACAGGCCUGCCCAGCCGCCUUCCCCCGGGAGCAGUUCCACCAGGAGCCAGAUUCGACCCCUUUGGCCCCGUAGGGGCUGGCAGGGGCAGGCCAGAUCCUGACCACCUCCCCCCUCCGGGCUAUGACGACAUGUUCAUGUGAGGACUCACCAAGUGGUUUCUCAGCUGGCUGCAGCCAGAGCAGUCUCCCGGGGAGCAGGAGCACUUUCCCCUCUUCGCUUCCCUCCUUGGUGGACUUUAGAUCUUUUCAGCAGCGUUUUUCCUCUCCUCGCUCGGGGCCACGUUCCCGUGCUUCAGCCCGGCUAUAAAGGUGUCCAUAUGUGCAGAACAGAA